GGGCGGCCAUCUCCCUGGCAACGGGACGCGAUGCAGUCCGGGCCACCGCGCCUCCAGUGCUCCUGGCUCUGCAGUCAGAACUGCUGGCACUGCCUCGGGAGAUCGCCUCUGUGGCACAGGACUCCGAGAAUCCUCUCUAGCUAGGUACGAGAUGGCAGCCCAGGAAGAAGGGACCGUGCUGCGGCUCAGCCCCUCGGAGCAGGAGGACGAGGAAGACGAGGAGGCGGAGGCUGCACGGAGAGCGCAACGUUUUGCCGUAGACCCCCGGGUGCGCUUCCUGGGAGGCCGUCUGCAGCAAGCGCUGGGGUUCCCGGAGGAGACGUGGGGCGAAUAUCUGGAGAGCGAGGACCACCGGCAGGUCCUAGGAGACUUUCUGGAGAGCAGUGGUCCUGCUAGCCUGGUGUUUAGUGUCGCCCCGGGGUUGCUCUCGGCGUCCCCCGAGAUUCCAAGAGAUGUGAAACACAAGCUGGUUUAUUUUGCAAAGAAGAUGACUGGGAGCACGGGAGAAAGUGAUUUCUCCCAAACCGUUUUGUUUGGAGAAAUACCCAGGUCAUUGUUCACACAUGUAACUGCAUUCCUAGAUGAGAUAUUAGUCCCAAUUCUGUCUAAUAAGAACAAUCAUGAGUCCUGGUCAUGUUUUAUUUCACAAGAUGUGGAACAUCACACAGAAAUCAUGAAAAACAAGAUGCAUAUUUUUAGGGGCAAAAUGUCAAGAAGAACUCAUCUGCCAAUUCCUACGAUUGCAGAAAAUAUUGAUCUGGAUCAGCAUUACUCAGUGACUCGGCCACAAUCAGAUGAGAGGAGAAUACUCCAUGCCAUUGAAUCUGUAGUCAUUAAAUGGUCACAUCAGAUCCAAGAAAUCAUAGAAAAAGAUUCAGCACAGCCUCUAUUGAGUGGCCUCCACCCAACCCCUGAGACAGAGCUGGACUUCUGGACCAUGAGGCAUGAUAACCUGAAAUGCAUAUACCAUCAACUUCAGGCUCCUAUUGUCCUCAAGAUGGUUAAGAUACUGAGAACAAGGCAAAGCAGCUACCUUCCUGCUCUGAAGGGCAUCUUCACCACGGUAGAAAAUGCUCUUCUUGAAGCCCGGGAUGUGGAACUUCACCUAAGACCUCUGAGGAAGCACAUUCAAGGUCUCCAGGAGGCAGAUUUCCCACAGACCGGAAUACUGAUUGCACCGUUGAUUCACACCAUCUGUCUCAUCUGGAGCCAUUCCAAGUUCUAUAACAGCCCUGCUCGGGUUAUAGUUUUACUGCAAGAGUUUUGUAACCUCUUCAUUGACCAGGCAAGAGCAUACCUGUCACCUGAAGACCUUUUGAAAGGAGAAAUUGAAGAUGCACUGGAAAAGGUGCAGGUGGCCAUUGGUGUCUUAAGGAUGUUCCAGAAUUCUUUUUUCAAGUAUCGAAGGGGAUUAACAAGCUACUUCACAGGAGACACAGAGCAGAGACCCUGGGAUUUCCAGUCUCACCUGGUCUUUAGCAGAUUUAACAAAUUUCUUGACCGGCUGGUAAAAAUAGAGGAUAUGUUUGUCACCAUACUGGAAUUUGAGAAACUGGAAAGACUGGAAUUUGGUGGCAGCAAGGGGGCAGUCCUAAAUGCACAAAUCCACUCAAUGAAGGAGGAAUUCAUCGAGUGCUGCAAUGUCUUCCGACAGAGCAUUUACGAUCCAUCUGACUGUGACAGCAUGGAGUUCGAAAGUGAUUAUUUCCAAUUCAAGUCCAAAACCCUGGAUUUUGACAGAAGGCUUGGGACGCUGCUUUGUGAGGGUCUCAGCAACUGUAGUGGUUUGGAGUCUGCGUUUAAGCUUUUGACCAUAUUUGGGAAUUUUCUAGAGAAACCAGUUGUCAUGGAAAUUUUCAGCCCACAUUAUAGCACACUAUUGAACAUGUUUAAUGCAGAGUUGGAUAUGUGUAAGCGACUGUAUGAUGAACACAUGAAGCAGAUUGAACACGGGCAUGAAAUUCUCAACAAGAAUAUGCCAUUCACCUCUGGAAAUAUUAAAUGGGCCAGAAUGCUCCUCGAACGCCUUCAAAUGUUCUGGUCAAACUUUACAUCUCUCCAUUAUCUAUUUCCAGACAGUCCUGAUGAGGCUGCAGUCUGUCAGAAGUAUGCUGAAAUGACCACUUUGCUGGAUCAAUUUGAAAGUCGCAUCUAUAGUGAAUGGAGAAGAAAUGUGGACAAAACCUGUGAAUUUAAUCUGAAUCAGCCCUUGGUUAAAUUCAGUCCCAUAAACGGCCUUCUUAGUGUCAACUUUGACCCAAAGCUUGUGGCGGUACUGAGAGAAGUCAAAUACCUUUUGAUGCUGAAGAAGUCCAACAUACCAGAUUCGGCUUUAGGCAUUUUCCAGAAAAAGAACAUUAUUUUAAAGCACAUUGGGAAUCUCGAGCUCCUGGUACAAGGAUACAAUAAGCUGAAACAGACCCUUCUGGAAGUUGAAUACCCUCUCAUUGAGAAAGAGCUUGGAGCCAUUGAUGAGCAGCUCAGGGUGGCUGCAACCUGGUUGACAUGGCAAGAUGACUUCUGGGUCUACAUGGAGAAGGUGCAGGUGGCCACUGCCGAGCUAGAGCGCAGAGUGUCACAGACUCAGAGCAAUGUGCAAACAAUCCAGCAAACCAUGCAGGCCUGGGCUGAGUGGCCACUGCUGCCCCGGAGGGAGACCAGAAGAGAGGCUGCCUUAACCUUGGAUGACAAGGGGGAUCUGUUUGCUAAGAAAUACAAGCUGAUCCGAGAAGAUGGCUACAAGAUACACAACCUGGUAGAGGAGAACCGGAAGCUCUUCAGAGCUGAUCCUUCCCUGGAUUCCUGGAAAAUUUAUGUGGAAUUCAUCGAUGACAUUGUGGUGGAAGGCUUUUUUCAGACCAUCUUGCAUGACCUGGACUUCUUCCUGAGGAACACAGAGAAACAGUUAAAACCCGCGCCAUUUUUUCAAGCACAAAUGCUCUUAAUGCCCCCAGAGAUUGUGUUCAAGCCCCCUUUAGAAAGAGAGGCUGGGGAUGGCUUCUACAAUCUGGUGGAGGCAAUGUUGUGUGGCAGCUUCAAGGUGUCUGCCCAGAUGGGGCGUGUGGCGGCACACCUGGACAUCCCCGACUACCAGAAUGAUAUGGAUAACAUGUUAGGCCUGGCAGAGGUCCGGCAGGAGAUAAUGAAUAGAGUUGCUGAUGUCAUCGACAAAGUUUUGGAGUUCAGAAGUUCUCUGGAGACCUACUCUUACCUGUGGGUAGAUGACCGAGUAGAGAUUCUGAGGCAGUUCCUCCUGUAUGGCCAUGCUGUACCAUCUGAGGAAAUCGAUGCUCCUGCAGGCGAGGACAUCCUGCAGUCACCAACACUAGAACAGUUCAAAGAACAGAUCGACAUUUAUGAAGCUUUGUAUGUUCAGAUGAGCAAGUUUGAUGACUUCCGAGUGUUUAACAGUUGGUUCAAGAUAGACAUGAGACCUUUCAAGUUGAGCAUGCUCAACGUGAUCAAGAAGUGGAGCUGGAUGUUUCAAGAGCAUCUGCUAAGAUUUGUCGUCGACAGUCUGAGUGAGCUGCAAGGAUUCAUCAAGCAGACAAACGCAGGACUUCAGAGACAGCCACAUGAGGGUGAUCACGAUGGCUUAGUUGACAUCAUGGGUCACCUCCUGGCUGUAAGAAGCCGACAGAGAGCUACUGAUGAGCUCUUUGAACCUCUGAAGGAAACCAUCAUGCUUCUGGAAAGCUAUGGCCAGAAGAUGCCUGAGCAAGUCUAUGCCCAGCUGGAGGAAUUACCUGAAAGAUGGGAAACCACCAAGAAGAUCGCAGCCGUGGUCAGGCAUGAGGUCUCGCCACUCCAAAACGCAGAGGUCACUCUUCUAAGGAAAAAAUGUAUUUUGUUUGAUGAAAAGCAAGCAGAAUUCAGAGAGAGAUUUAGGAGCUAUGCCCCUCUUGGAUUUAAGGCAGAGAAUCCAUACUCAGUGCUCGAUAAGGCUAAUCAGGAGCUUGAGGCUCUGGAGGAAGAGGUGGUGCAGAUGCAAAACUGCGCACGUCUCUUCGAGGUGGUUCUUCCCGAGUACAAACAAAUGAAGCAGUGCCGCAGGGAAGUCCGGCUGCUCAAAGAGCUCUGGGAUAUCAUCGUUUACGUUAGGAGAAGCAUUGAUAAUUGGACUGAAACCCGGUGGAGGCAGGUCAACAUGGAGCAGAUGGACUUGGAGCUCAGAAGGUUCGCCAAGGAAAUUUGGUCACUGGACAAGGCUGUCCGUGUCUGGGAUGCUUAUUCAGGCCUGGAGGGCACUGUGAAGGACAUGACAACCUCCCUGAGAGCAGUUGCAGAGUUGCAGAACCCUGCCCUCAGGGACAGGCAUUGGCAGCAGCUGACGAACGCCAUCGGGGUCAGAUUCUCGAUAAACGACAGCACAACAUUGGCAGACUUGCUGGCAGUGCAGCUGCACCAGGUAGAAGAGGACGUGAGAGACAUUGUGGAUAAGGCCGUGAAGGAGCUGGGCACAGAGAAGGUUAUCACUGAUGUCAGCCACACCUGGGAAGCCCUGGAAUUUUCUUAUGAGGUUCACCAUAGAACAGGCACCCCACUGCUGAAGUCUGAUGAACAGCUUUUUGAGACUCUAGAACAUAACCAGAGUUUCUUACUGGGACUUGGGACUAGCUGGCUAGCCACUGAACCUUUGGGAUCUGCCUAUUCCCAUGCUGGAAUAUUACAAGUUCAGUUGCAGACUCUUCUUCAGAGCAAGUAUGUGGAAUACUUCAUUGAUCAAGUCCUAAGCUGGCAAAACAAGCUAAAUGUCGCCGAUGCAGUCAUCUUUACUUGGAUGCAAGUCCAGCGAACCUGGUCUCACUUGGAAAGCAUCUUCGUCUGUUCAGAAGAUAUUCGAAUCCAGCUUGUGGAAGAUGCCCAAAGAUUUGAUGAAGUAGAUGCUGAGUUUAAGGAGUUAAUGUUCAAGACAGCCAAGAUAAAAAACGUCUUAGAAGCAACAUGCAGACCCCACCUCUAUGAGAAACUUAAAGAUUUUCAGCACAGGCUCUCUCUUUGUGAAAAAGCCCUGGCUGAGUACCUGGAAACCAAGCGGGUCACGUUCUCCCGCUUCUACUUCAUCUCCUCCGCAGACUUGCUGGACCUUCUCUCCAAGGGAGCACAGCCGAAGCAGGUAACACGACACCUUGUCAAACUCUUUGACAGCAUCUCGGAUCUGCAGUUCGAAGAUAACCCGGAAGUGUCCACGUGCAAAGCAGUUGGAAUGUUCAGCAAAGAAAAGGAGUAUGUCUCAUUCCAGGCCGGGUGUGAAUGCAUAGGCCAUGUGGAGAGCUGGCUUCUGCAACUGGAACAGACCAUGAAGGAAACGGUUCGCCUGGCGAUCGCAGAAGCCAUCGCAGCCUACGAGGAGAAACCUAGAGAGCUGUGGAUCUUUGAUUUCCCGGCUCAAGUGGCUCUGACUGGCUCACAGAUAUGGUGGACCACAGAUGUAGGCAUUGCCUUCAGUCGGCUAGAGGAGGGCUAUGAAACAGCCCUAAAGGAUUUCCAUAAGAAACAGAUUUCACAGCUGAACACGCUGAUCACACUUCUUCUGGGAGAACUUUCACCUGGAGACAGGCAGAAGGUCAUGACCAUCUGCACCAUCGAUGUCCAUGCCAGAGAUGUGGUGGCAAAAUUGAUUUCUCAGAAGGUUGUCAGCCCUCGUGCUUUCACCUGGCUGUCUCAACUCCGGCACGAGUGGGAGGAAUCGAGGAAGCACUGCAUCGUUAAUAUUUGUGACGCCCAUUUCCAGUACUGCUACGAAUACUUGGGAAACAGCCCUCGGCUGGUGAUCACUCCUCUCACUGACAGGUGUUACAUCACUUUAACUCAAUCACUUCAUCUGACCAUGAGCGGCGCUCCAGCUGGCCCAGCUGGAACGGGGAAAACGGAAACCACCAAAGACCUUGGCCGUGCCUUGGGCAUGAUGGUUUACGUAUUCAACUGCUCAGAACAAAUGGACUACAGGUCCAUAGGCAACAUCUAUAAAGGACUGGUGCAGACAGGAGCGUGGGGCUGCUUUGAUGAGUUCAACCGCAUUGCUGUGGAGGUUCUGUCCGUGGUGGCAGUGCAGGUGAAGAUGAUUCAUGACGCCAUCAGGAGCAGGAGAAGGAGAUUCGUAUUUCUUGGGGAGACCAUCCCGCUGAAGCCAUCGGUUGGAAUAUUCAUCACUCUGAACCCAGGAUAUGCUGGUCGAACCGAAUUACCAGAAAACCUCAAAGCUCUGUUCAGACCCUGUGCCAUGGUGGCCCCUGAUACUGAGCUGAUCUGUGAAAUCAUGUUGGUGGCAGAAGGGUUUGUGGAUGCGCGGUCAUUGGCCCGGAAGUUCAUUUCCUUGUACACGCUCUGUGACGAACUGCUGUCCAAGCAGGAUCAUUAUGACUGGGGACUUCGUGCCAUCAAGUCUGUCUUGGUUGUAGCCGGCUCCCUGAAACGAGGAGAUAAAAAUAGACCCGAAGACCAGGUGCUCAUGAGAGCAUUGCGAGACUUCAAUAUGCCUAAAAUUGUAACUGAUGAUGUCCCAGUGUUCCUGGGCCUGGUUAGCGACCUAUUUCCAGCCUUGGAUGUGCCUCGGCAGAGGAAACCACACUUUGAACAGAUGGUCAAGCAGUCUACCCUGGAACUCCGCUUGCAGCCUGAGGAGAGCUUCAUCCUCAAAGUUGUCCAGCUUGAGGAGCUGCUGGCCGUGCGGCACUCCAUCUUUGUGGUUGGAAAUGCAGGCACAGGAAAGAGUAAGAUUUUGAGAACACUGAACAGAACAUAUGUUAACAUGAAACAGAAGCCUGUUUGGAAUGACUUAAACCCCAAGGCUGUGACAACGGAUGAACUCUUUGGUUUCAUUCAUCAUGCUACCCGAGAAUGGAAAGAUGGUCUCCUCUCGUCCAUUCUGAGAGAGCAGGCAAAUCUCACACAUGAUGGGCCAACCUGGAUAGUCCUGGAUGGUGAUAUUGACCCACUGUGGAUCGAGUCCUUGAACACGGUCAUGGAUGAUAACAAGGUGCUGACCCUCGCCAGCAAUGAACGAGUGGCCCUCACACCCUCCAUGAGGCUUCUGUUUGAGACCCACCACCUACAGACAGCCACACCAGCCACGGUCUCCAGAGCUGGCAUUUUGUAUGUGAACCCGCAGGACCUGGGCUGGAACCCGUAUGUGGCCAGUUGGAUAGACAGAAGGCGGCAUCAAUCAGAAAAGGCCAAUUUAACUAUUCUUUUUGAUAAAUACAUUCCCGUGUGCUUGGAGAAGCUAAGAACUAGCUUUAAAGCCAUCACUUCUGUUCCAGAGAGCAGCCUGGUGCAGACAAUUUGUACUCUUUUGGAGUGUUUGCUGACUCCAGAGAACAUACCUUCUGACAGUCCUAAAGAGACCUAUGAGGUCUAUUUUGUCUUCGCUUGUGUCUGGACAUUUGGAGGCACCCUACUACGAGAUCAGCUUUCUGAUUACCAAGCCGACUUCAGUAGAUGGUGGCAUAAGGAAAUGAAAGCAGUGAAGUUUCCAUCCCAGGGAACCAUCUUUGAUUAUUAUCUGGACCACAAAACUAAAAAAUUUUUGCCUUGGACUGACAAGGUCCCCCAGUUCACCAUGGAUGCAGAUGCGCCCCUGAAGACAGUCCUGGUACACACACCAGAGACAACUCGUCUUAGGUAUUUUACUGAGUUGCUACUUAACAAAGGCAAACCUCUGAUGCUGGUUGGAAAUGCGGGAGUGGGAAAAACCGUCUUUUUGAGCGACACCCUGGCAAGUAUUUCUGAGGACUAUAUAGUGUCCCGUGUGCCUUUCAACUACUACACGACAUCGGCAGACCUGCAGAGAAUUCUUGAAAAACCUCUAGAGAAAAAAGCUGGUCGUAACUAUGGUCCAAGAGGAAAUAAAAAACUGGUUUACUUCAUUGAUGAUCUGAACAUGCCUGAAGUGGAUUUGUAUGGCACCGUUCAGCCUCAUGCACUGCUUCGACAGCAUAUUGACUAUGGGCACUGGUAUGACCGACACAAAGUGAUGCUCAAGGAAAUCCGCAACUGCCAGUACGUAGCCUGCAUGAAUCCCAUGGCAGGCAGCUUUACCGUGGACCCAAGGCUGAAGAGACAUUUCACCGUGCUCGCAUUCAACUUUCCAUCUUUGGACACGCUGACCACCAUCUACGGUCAGAUCUUCAGCUUCUAUCUCCAGCAGCAAGCAUUCUGCCCGUCGGUCCUCAGGACUGGCCCAUCUUUGAUCCAGGCAACCAUCGCCUUCCAUCAGACGAUGGCAGAGAACUUUGUGCCCACAGCUAUUAAAUUCCAUUACAAUUUUAAUCUAAGAGACUUAUCAAACAUCUUCCAGGGAAUUCUGUUUGCCUCUCCUGAGUGUUUAAAAUGCCCAGAAGACUUAGCACGCCUGUGGCUUCAUGAAACAUCACGUGUUUAUGGAGACAGACUGGUAGACGCAAACGAUUCCGACUUAUUUCAGAGGAAAAUGCUGGAAGCUGCCCAUAAGUACUUCAAAGGUGCAGAUGCUAACACGCUGCAGCAGCAGCCCCUCGUCUACUGUCACUUUGCCAGUGGCAGGGAAGACCCUUGUUACGAGCCCGUGAAGGACUGGGAAGGGCUAAAGGCAGUUCUUACAGAGAUGAUGGGCAACUACAAUGAGCUGCACUCCGAGAUGCACCUCGUGCUCUUUGAAGACGCCAUGCAGCACGUGUGCCGAAUCAGCCGCAUUCUUCGGACCCCUCAAGGCCACGCCCUCUUGGUUGGAGUUGGAGGCAGUGGCAAGCAAAGCCUGUCUAGGCUGGCAGCUUACAUCUGCAGCUUGGAGGUCUUUCAGAUCACUCUGACAGAAGGCUAUGGGACCCAAGAUCUCCGGGUAGAUCUGGCCAAUUUGUACGUCAGAACUGGAGCCAAGAACAUGCCCACCGUGUUCCUGCUGACAGAUGCCCACGUUCUAGAUGAGAGCUUCCUCGUGCUGAUUAAUGACUUGCUGGCAUCGGGAGACAUCCCAGGUCUGUUCAGUGACGAAGAUACCGACAAGAUCAUUUCUGGGAUUCGUAAUGAAGUUCGAGGCCUCGGCAUAACAGACUCCAGGGAGAACUGUUGGGCAUUCUUUUUGGCCAGAGUCCGACUACAGCUCAAAAUGGUUUUUUGUUUCUCACCGGUUGGUCACACUCUGAGAGUUAGAGCCCGGAAGUUCCCAGCCCUAGUUAACUGCACAGCUAUUGACUGGUUUCAUGCAUGGCCACAGGAAGCUCUGGUCUCAGUCAGCAGGAGGUUUAUUGAAGAAAUCGAGGGGAUUGAGCCACAGCACAAAGAUUCUAUCAGCCUUUUCAUGGCGUAUGUUCACACCAGUGUAAAGGAAGUAAGUGCCUGGUACUACCAGAACGAGAGGAGGUACAACUACACCACCCCAAGGAGUUUCUUAGAACAAAUAUCACUGUUUAAGAGCCUGCUGAAGAAGAAGCGAGGAGAGGUGCAGCGGAAGAAGGAGCACCUGGGGAAUGGAAUCCAGAAGCUGCAGACCACGGCCUCACAGGUGGGAAAUCUGAAGGCCAGGCUGGCCUCUCAAGAAGCUGAGCUGCAGCUCAGAAACCAGGACGCCGAGGCCCUGAUCACAAAGAUCGGGCUUCAGACGGAGAAAGUGAGCCGGGAAAAGGCCAUCGCAGAUGCAGAGGAGCGAAAGGUGGCCGCCAUUCAAACUGAAGCGUCCCAGAAGCAGAGGGAGUGCGAGGCUGACUUACUCAAGGCUGAGCCCGCCCUGGUCGCUGCUACAGCUGCACUCAAUACACUCAACAGGGUAAACCUCACAGAACUGAAAACCUUCCCCAACCCCCCAAAUGCUGUUACCAAUGUAACUGCAGCUGUGAUGGUCCUUCUGGCCCCCCGAGGCAGAGUGCCAAAAGACAGAAGUUGGAAAGCAGCCAGAAUCUUCAUGGGAAAGGUUGAUGAUUUCCUACAAGCGUUAAUUAACUAUGAUAAAGAGCACAUUCCAGAGAACUGUCUAAAAGUAGUAAAUGAACAAUAUUUGAAAGAUCCGGAGUUUAAUCCAAACCUGAUUCGGACCAAGUCUUUUGCAGCAGCUGGUCUCUGUGCCUGGGUCAUCAACAUCAUUAAGUUUUAUGAGGUUUAUUGUGACGUGGAGCCCAAACGUCAGGCAUUGGCCCAAACAAACUUAGACCUGGCUGCAGCUACUGAAAAGUUAGAGGCCGUCAGGAGGAAGCUCGUGGAUCUGGAUCAUAAUCUGAGAAGACUUACAGCUUCAUUUGAAAAGGCAACAGCUGAGAAGGUCCGGUGUCAGGAAGAAGUGAAUCAAACCAAUAAGACGAUUGACUUGGCCAACAGACUAGUCAGUGAACUUGAGUCAGAGAAGAUUCGAUGGGGUCAGUCCAUUAAGUCUUUUGAAACUCAAGAGAAGACACUGUGUGGAGAUGUGCUGCUCACGGCAGCGUUUGUGUCUUACAUUGGGUCCUUCACAAGACAGUAUCGCCAGGAACUGGUGGACUGCAAGUGGAUUCCAUUUCUUCAGCAGAAGGUUUCCAUCCCAAUAGCGGAAGGCCUGGACAUGAUUGCCACGUUGACAGACGAUGCUACAAUUGCCACCUGGAAUAACCAAGGGCUACCCAGCGACAGGAUGUCAACUGAAAAUGCCACCAUUCUAACUCACUGCAAGCGCUGGCCCCUGAUGAUCGAUCCCCAGCAACAGGGAAUUAAAUGGAUCAAGAAUAAAUACGGGCCUGACCUGAAAGUCACACACUUAGGCCAGAAAGGGUUUUUAAAUGCCAUUGAGAUGGCCCUGGCCUUUGGUGAUGUCAUCCUAAUUGAGAACCUCAAGGAGACAGUGGAUCCAGUCCUGGGUCCUCUGCUUGGCAGGAACACCAUUAAGAAAGGAAAGUACAUCAGGAUUGGUGAUAAAGAAUGUGAAUUCAACAAGAACUUCCGCCUCAUCCUACACACGAAACUGGCAAACCCACACUACAAGCCAGAACUACAAGCCCAGACGACCCUCCUCAAUUUCACAGUCACAGAAGAUGGUCUUGAAGGCCAGCUGCUGGCAGAGGUAGUCAGUGUCGAAAGGCCAGAUUUGGAGAGGCUAAAGCUAGUUUUGACCAAGCACCAAAACGACUUUAAGAUAGAGCUGAGGCAUCUUGAGGAGGACCUUCUCCUGCGCCUCUCUGCUGCAGAGGGGAGCUUCCUGGAUGACACGGACCUGGUAGAGCGCCUGGAGACCACCAAGGCCACUGCAGCAGAAAUAGAGCACAAGGUGAUAGAGGCCAGAGAAAAUGAGAGAAAAAUCAACGAGACCCGUGAGUGCUACAGACCGGUGGCAGCAAGAGCCUCCCUUAUGUACUUUGUUAUCAGUGACCUCCGGAAAAUCAACCCCGUCUACCAGUUCUCUCUGAAGGCUUUCAAGACACUGUUCCACAGAGCCAUUGAGCAAGCUGACAAGGUGGAGGAUACUCAGGAGCGCAUCUGUGCCCUAAUGGAGAGUGUCACCUAUGCUACCUUCCUCCAUGCCAGCCAAGCACUGUUUGAGAAAGACAAGCUCACAUUUCUGUCCCAGAUGGCUUUUCAGAUCUUGUUGAGAAGGAAUGAGAUCCACCCCCUCGAGUUGGACUUCCUGCUUCGGUUCACGGUUGAACACACCUACUCGAGCCCUGUUGACUUUCUAACUGCUCAGUCAUGGAGUGCUGUUAAGGCAGUCGCCCUCAUGGAGGAAUUCCGAGGCCUAGACCGAGAUGUGGAAGGAUCUGCCAAGCAGUGGAGGAAAUGGGUAGAGUCCGAGUGCCCGGAAAAAGAAAAGUUACCGCAAGAAUGGAAGAAGAAAAGUUUAAUACAGAAACUGAUUAUUUUGAGAGCAGUGCGGCCUGACAGGAUGACAUAUGCCCUGAGAAAUUUUGUAGAGGAGAAGCUAGGUACGAAGUACGUGGAGAGAACGAGAUUGGAUCUGGGUAAAGCAUUUGGAGAAAGCAGCCCAGGCACCCCAGUGUUUUUCAUCCUGUCCCCAGGCGUUGAUGCCCUUAAAGACUUAGAGGUGCUUGGCAAAAGGCUGGGAUUUACGAUUGACUCUGGAAAAUUCCACAAUGUGUCUCUAGGGCAAGGUCAGGAACUAGUGGCAGAAAUGGCGCUGGAGAAAGCAGCCAUUGGAGGACACUGGGUCUUCCUUCAGAAUGUUCAUCUGGUAGCCAAAUGGCUGGGAACCUUGGAGAAACUCCUUGAAAAGUUCAGUCAAGGAAGCCACAGGGAUUACAGGGUGUUCCUGAGUGCCGAGGCUGCACCUUCCCAACACGAGCCUGUCAUCCCUCAAGGCCUCCUGGAAAAUUCCAUUAAGAUCACCAACGAGCCCCCCACAGGAAUGCUGGCCAACCUGCAUGCUGCUCUAUACAACUUUGACCAGGAUACGCUCGAGAUGUGCUCCAAGGAUCAGGAGUUUAAAAGCAUCCUCUUCUCCCUGUGUUACUUCCAUGGCUGCGUGGCAGGGAGACUGAGGUUUGGUCCCCAGGGCUGGAGCCGAAGCUAUCCUUUCAGCCCGGGAGACCUGACCAUCUGCACCAACAUCCUCUACAACCACUUAGAGGCAAACCCUCACGUCCCGUGGGAAGACCUCCGUUACCUCUUUGGAGAGAUCAUAUAUGGGGGCCAUAUCACAGAUGCCUGGGAUCGCAAACUAUGCCGGGUGUAUCUAGAAGAAUUCAUGAAUCCAUCUCUGAUUGAGGAUGAACUCAUGCUGGCACCAGGAUUUGCAGCCCCUCCCUACUCUGAUUAUUCUGGCUACCACCAGUACAUAGAAGACAUGUUGCCUCCAGAAAGCCCGGCACUGUAUGGCCUCCACCCCAAUGCUGAAAUAGAGUUACUAACAGUGACGUCCAACAUGCUCUUCAGAACUCUGCUGGAGAUGCAACCCAGGAAUGCAGUCAGCAACGAGGAACAGGGGCAGUCCACAGAAGACAAGGUUAAGAAUAUCUUGGACGACAUUUUGGAGAGACUUCCAGAAGAGUUCAACAUGGCGGAGAUAAUGCAAAAGAACCCAAAUAGAAGCCCGUAUAUUCUCGUUUGCUUUCAAGAGUGUGAGAGGAUGAACGUUCUCCUCCGGGAAAUCCGUGUGUCGCUUCAACACUUAGACCUUGGUUUGAAGGGAGAGUUAACAUUGUCUCCUGAUGUGGAAACCCAGCUGUCCGCCUUGAGUUAUGACCGGGUCCCAGACACAUGGAACAAACUGGCUUAUCCAUCUACUUACGGCCUGGCCCAGUGGUUUAAUGACCUCCUCUUACGCUGCCGGGAACUGGAUACUUGGACUCAAGACCUCACCCUCCCUGCUGUUGUGUGGCUUUCUGGGCUCUUCAACCCUCAAUCUUUCUUAACAGCAAUCAUGCAGACCAUGGCUCGAAAAAAUGAGUGGCCACUGGACAGAAUGUGUUUGACUAUUGAUGUCACUAAGAAAACGAAGGAAGAUUAUGGCCACCCCCCCAGAGAAGGUGCAUAUCUUCAUGGGCUCCACCUGGAAGGUGCCAGGUGGGACAUCCAGUCAGGAGCCCUUGUUGAUGCCCGUCUUAAGGAGUUAACAUCCACGAUGCCAGUCAUCUUCGCCAAAGCCAUACCCGCAGACAGACAAGAAGUUAAGCAUGCCUAUGAGUGCCCCGUUUACAAAACCAAAGCGAGAGGCCUCACCUACGUGUGGACGUUCAGGCUAAGGAGCAAAGACAGGAUAGCUAAGUGGGUCCUGGCAGGUGUAGCUCUACUACUAGAAGCAUAAACGGCCUUGGCACAACUUGCAUUCUUCCUGCUUCAGCCAGACCCAGUGAGCAUGCUUCAGUAACAGGUAUACAUUCUUUUGUUAGAGAAUUAUUCCUUGAGGAGGGGGAAUCACAGUACACAAGAACAAAAACGCUAAACACCUCUAAGGGAUGUAUACUCAUUGAUUUUAGCUUUCCCCAACACCGUGGCUUAUCUCAUAUCCCUAAGUCUCGGAAACGAUGCAGUGAGGGUUCUAUAAAAGGCAAGAUCUCUAAAAAGAACUUUCAAAACAUAGAAGCAGCAGGCUCCAGGCAGGUCCUGAGGGAAGGAAGAGGCAAGCACGGUGAGGCCUCCAGUGUCUGUUUCUGUUGUCUCUUAAUAAAAAGGACGCCUCACUCACA